CUAAUAAUUGCGUUUACUAAUUUUCAAACGUCUUUUGAAUCCCAAAAAAAACUUACAAACUCUCAGAAUAAAUCAUAUAUAAGGGUGUGUGAGACUUGAAGAAAAUAACGAACAGAAAAAUUUAAAAGUAAGCUCAUUGUCGAAAAAUGUUUUGCAUGAAGCUUUUUGUUUUUGUGGCUUUGGUGCUAACAAGUUGUGUUGCAAAUCCUGCAUUUAAAGAGUUGUCUGAAGAAGAAGAUUUGGAAUUAGAGAGACAACUUAAAGUUAUGAAUAAAUCUCCUGUUAAGACUAUCGAGACCGAAGAUGGACAUAUCUACGAUUGUAUAGAUUUUUAUAAACAACCAGCGUUUGAUCAUGCUCUCCUAAAAAACCAUGAUUUUCAUCCGGAUAUGAAACCAAGCAAAGUGAAUAGACCCCAAAAGGUUGAAAAUGAAGAAGAAAGUCGUGACAAUAAAACAAAAUCUGUUACUUUAAAAGGAAUUGGUUGUCCAAGAGGCACUGUCCCAAUUAGGAGAACUACAAAAGAAGACCUUAUAAGACUUAAAACAUUCAAUGAAAUGUUUGACUCAAAUAUUCAUCCUCAAACCAACUCAGAACCGGGUUUGCAUUAUGCAGGAGGUAGAGUCAGACCAGAAUGGAUAAAGAAGCACAUAGGAGGAGCAGACGGUCAUUUCGCAUUAUACAAAACUCCAUAUGUUAACCAACUUCAAUUUUCUUCCGGUCUGAUCAAAGUAUCCAACGGUUCAGAUUUCAUCAAGGCUGGUUGGACGGUGAAUCCGACGCUAUAUGGAGAUAAUCGUUGCCGGUUUUUUGCAUAUUUGCAUACACGUGAACAACACUGUUUCAACACGAACUGUCCCGGUUUUGUGAUAGUGAAUACCGAUAUUCCUCUCGAUUAUGCAUUUCCGGAAGUUUCAUUGACCGGAGUACAUAUGGUUGAAGCUAGAUUUUACAUUUUCAGAGAUCCACUAAAUGGAAACUGGUGGUUAAACAUAGGAGAUAAAGAAAAAACUAUAGGUUUUUGGCCGUCUCGCAUCUUCACUGAUUUAGCAUACAAUGCAGACGAUGUAUUUUGGGGUGGCGAAAUAUUCACAAUUCCAAACUCAAAGAGUAGUCCAAUGGGCAAUGGACUGAAAAUUGUGUACGACGAUCCGAAACUUUAUGCAUAUGCUCGUGAUGUCUCGAUAGUAGAUGCCGAUAGUCAGAAAAUUAUUGGUGUAGCUGGUGCCAAUGAGGUCAUAUCUGAUAUUGGUUGGGAUUAUGUGAGACAAAAUUAUUUCUAUGUAAAUAAAUAUUGGGGACGAACUAUAAUGUUUGGUGGUCCUGCAAGAAUUUUUGGAAAAUAAUAAAGAUACAAAGUUAUGCAAAUGAAAAUAUAUAAAUAAAAAUA